UCAGCAUUAUAUUUACACACUUAUGUAAACACAACAUUCAAUUCACAGUUACAUAUAUCAUUACUUUUUUUUUGUAUUCCGGUAGAAAUUGUUUUUUUUUUUCCAUACACAAAUCAAGAUUCCGGCGAAAAUCGGUCGGAACUCGGACGAGUCAAGAGUUUUGGUUAUAAACUCGGCUUUUGUGAACAGUUAAUGGCCAAGGGUCGAAAAUUAACCACCAGUCGCAGUGAACUCUUUCUAGGAAAUUCCGGCUACAAUUACCAGGUCCAAGGAGCGGGGGACACUGCGGCGGAGUUGGGAGAAGAAGACGUCUGGUCGGCGGCGGCCGACGACACGGUCGACGGCGAUGAUCACUCGGAGUAUGGAGGGUUCAGCUCACGUGCCUCCACCCAGAGUAACGGAAGCUUCAGCAGCAGCUACAGAAGCCACCGCCAAGCUUCACGCGCCGACGGCCACCAGGUGGGCGGCCUGUCGUUUGCCUUCGACAACUUCGGCAACACAACCUCACCGCAGACGAUCCUGCACCAAUACCACCCGCAGGGCAGCGCGGCGGCGCAAUCUCCACGUGGGCGCCACGUGGCCAACUCUGCCCCAGUGAAUGUCCCAGAUUGGUCGAAGAUUUAUCGGGUCAACUCGGUUGAGUCGUUGCAUGACUCAGAUGACUACUGCUUCAACGAGCCGGAUCUCGUCCCGCCACACGAAUACCUGGCGGCGCGUGAGUACGCAAGCAGCCACAAAAUGGCGGCCUACUCCGUUUUCGAGGGCGUGGGCCGGACGCUCAAGGGUCGGGACGCGAGCCGGGUCAGGGAUGCAGUGUGGAGCCAGACCGGGUUCGAUGGAUGAACGACUAUCAAAUUUAUGACGUUUGCUCAUUUGGUGCGAAUAAAUAAAUAAUUAAAAAUUAAUUAAUAUAAGCAUUCGGUAUUUCAAUGUUGUCAUUAGUCAGUUAUGAAUUUUUAUUUUUAUUUUGGUCAUUGGGCAAUGAGUCAGACCAAGUGAGUGAACUUGGAAUAGAUUGAGCCCAAACUCGCAAUUUUUCUAUUAUUAUUUAUUAUUAUAUCGUGCCAAAAAAAGGAUAAAGCGU